UUAUUCCACUCGCUCAUAUCGCGGCAAGCGCACCGAAAUGUCGCUCGUUGUUUAUAUUAUCACAACGCUUAUAAUCUUAGUGUUAAUAGUAGGUCUGUAUCAAAAAUCUACAAACGCGAUAUGCACGUCGAGAAAGAGGCUGGAUGGGAAGACCGUGAUUGUUACCGGGGGAACGACGGGUAUUGGCUUAGAAACAGCAAUGGACUUCGCUGAAAGAGGCGCUCGAGUUAUCAUCGCCUGUCCCUUUCAAAGCGAAGGGGAUAACGCCCUAAAAUUGAUCACAGAAAAAACAGAAAACAAGCACGUAGUUUUCAAACUGCUUGAUUUAUCUUCAUUAGCAUCUAUCAGAAAAUUUACAGCAGACAUCAUUGACACAGAGAAAAGAUUGGAUGUUUUAAUAAACAACGCUGGUAUUGGAUUCGCUAACAAGCCUGUAACAGAAGAUGGGAUGGGUUUUAUGAUGCAAGUGAAUUAUUUCGGACCGUUCCUACUGACUUUAUUGUUGUUACCGCUCUUGAACAAGACUGGAACGAUAUCUGAACCCGCUAGAAUAGUCAAUGUUUCAUCUGUAUUACAUAAUUUUGGUUUUAUUAAUUUAGAUAAAAUUAACGUUACCAAAUAUUGGUUACCAAUGUUUGGAUUUUGGUAUCAAGUGCAGAUUUAUUCAAACAGCAAGCUUUGUUCCAUGUUAUUUGCUCAUAAAUUAAGUAAAAAACUUAGAGGUAACAUCGUUGUGAAUUGUGUUGAUCCUGGUUACGUCGGAACUAGAAUUUUCGGAGAUUGGGGAAGAAUUUUAGGUCCCGUCAUGAUCGCAUUAGCUUUAUUAUUUUUCAAAACUCCCUGGUACGGCGCUCAGACGACGAUAUAUGCGACAUUAGACAGGGAAGCAGGAAAGGUCAGUGGGCAAAUGUUUAAGAAUUGUCAGUUAUCUCGAGCGAAGCGAUCUGCCUACGACGACGAGACGGCUCAGAAGUUGUGGAACAAGUCUAUCAGUUUGGUUGGAUUGAGCAGUGAGGAGCUUGAGCAGUGUUUUCAGUAAACAUUUGUGUUUGUUAUUGAAGAUUGUUUCAUAAACAAAAACUAUGUA